AUGAAGAUCAUCGAUAAAAUCCAGCAAGCAAUGGAGGCCAAGGAGCCUUUCUAUUCGUUCGAGUUUUUCCCGCCCAAGACCUCUGCUGGCGUGGAGAAUCUGUCUGCCCGGAUGGAGAGGAUGGCUACGCUGGAGCCUCUCUUCGUCGACGUGACCUGGGGGGCCGGGGGCAGCACCAGCGACCUCACCCUGGCCAUCAGCGCGAACGCCCAGAAGUACCUCGGCGUGGAGGUCCUCAUGCACCUCACGUGCACCAACCUCAAGGUGGAGGAGAUCAAGGGGGCGCUCAACAAGGCGCGCGAGGCGGGUAUUCAGAACAUCCUUGCCCUCCGAGGGGACCCCGCCAAGGGGCUGGGAAACUGGGAGGCUGCCGAGGGAGGCCUUCGGCACGCGAUAGAUCUCGUCAGGCUCAUACGGGAGGAGCACGGCGACUACUUCGGCGUGGCCGUAGCCGGACACCCGGAGGGGCACGUGGACGGCAGAACAGGAGCGGAGGAGGGCGGGCAAGACGACGACCGGAGGGACGAGGGGUGGGAAGCGUUGGAGUUGAAGCGCCUCAAGGAGAAGGUGGACGCCGGCGCGGAUUUCGUGAUCACGCAGUUUUUCUACGAUACCGAGGCGUUCCUGAGCUACGUGAAGCGCUGCCGAGAGGUGGGGAUCACGUGCCCCAUCAUCCCGGGCAUCAUGGCCAUCCAGAACUACAACGCGUUCGCCCGCAUGACCGACUUCUGCGAGACCCGCGUGCCCUCCGACGUGCGGGAGGCGCUGAAGCCAAUCACGAGCGACGACGAUGCCGUGAAGGACUACGGUGUAGACCUCGGCAUCCGCAUGUGCAAGGCGCUGACGGAGGCGGGCACUCCCGGGGUGGUGCUGAAGCGGGUAGGUUGCGGCGGAAACUGA